AACACCGGGUAUAUAAGAGGGAGGACUUGCCUCUCCUGCCAUAACCCGUCGCUCCACACCUCUAACUGCGUCGUUUGACAGCCUACCGUCGCUUCAUCUACCAUUACCCACCACCAGGAUGAUAGGCCUAGUUGUGCUUGCUGUUGUGGCGGCAGCGGCGUCUGCCUCUCCCCUGGCCCAAGGCGGCCGCUUCGUCUACUCCACGGAUUCUUCACAGGAGAACAGUUGGGAGUCCUUUGAGCGAGGCGUCGCCGGCUUCUCCCUGGAGUACCCCCGCCCUGUCUCUCCAGGAGUUGCAACAGCCAUCAGGUCUGGCGCGGCGGCCCCAACAACUUUCUGGUCCGGACUCUUCAAUAGCGCCUUCAAGCCUGGCACCUUCCCAUACAACAUUGGUCUGGACAGCCCUGAGGACCUGCUCCCCAUCCUGAAUCUAAACAACAACCCGCAGACCCGAAGUGAACGUAUCACCAUCCUCAACCAAGUGCUCAACACCGCCGGGUACGACAUCUCCCUCGACGACAUCCACCACUACCCUGGUCUGAGGACCGCCAUCGCGCAAGGAGACGGAAAGCUCCUCGUCAACCACUCCGGUGAGGUGUUCUACCGCCCCGGACCUCCAAAACCCCAGCCGGCGCAGGAGGCGGGAACGGGAGUCGAAGUCGAAGCUGGGGGAGAAGAAGAAGGUCGGGUUCUUAAGUCCCAAACAAGUUGAGGACCUCUGCGACGCGCGGAGUUUCGCGCCAACAGCAGGGGCGACUGUGGCA